AUGAGAACAAUCCUCGUCGUCGCCGUCCUCGUUGCCCUCGUCGCCGCCGGCGCCAAGAAGCAAAAGGCCCCGAAAGAGAAGAAGGUCGCCCAGGAAGAAGCCAUCCCGCCGCAGCCCAGCAUCGACCAGGUCUCCUGCCCAUACAUGAGGGAGCAGAUGCUCAGCCAGAUGGACCCGAUCCAGAGGGCGGAUGCCGAGUACAAGCUGUGCAAGCAGAACUGCCUCGUCCAACAUCACCAGCAGCAGAUGCAACAAACCACCGAGCAGAAGGUGGAGCGGCUGAGGCAAGAGCUGGCUCAGGCGGAGGAGUUCCUCGGGCAGAUGAACCAGGCCAAGGUUUUCCAGGAAUCCGAGGGAGCGCAGAAGGCCCACGGCGGUUUCGCCCACGCCGACAGCACCCACCAGAAACCCCUCCUCCGCCGUCCGUCCCGAGGCCAGUUGCGCCCGCUUCGACGCGCUGACCGUCGUGUACCGGCCCCACCCACCGAUGUCUUGAAAAACGUCGAAAAGGGGCCGGUCGCCGCUACGAUGGACCAAUUCCCAAGGGAGGAGCACAUCCACGACAUCCACCCGGUCCCGAAAAUCCGGGGUUUGCCCGUCGAGCCGAUCGACAUUGUGCCUCACCAA